CUUGUUAACGGACAUCGGGUACUGAAUGACGGGAUGCGGAAAUCAGGAUCUGCGCUCUUUAAUCUGUAUGGUAUACAGCUACGGUACUUAAACGAUAGACAAAAUGGGGAGACACUCGAAAUUGUUGGGAAAAUAGAAAAAAGUAUUGUUGUGCAGAUUCUAAGAUUUUACGAUUAUCAUCAGUAUGCCGGCGUUACUCCUAACAUGAGCUAUACAUACAAUAUACCCAGCCCACAUUCAUCCCAGUCUUAUGCUUGGGCUGAACUUCCAAACCAAAGCUGUUCAAGGUCGUGCGGAUCAGGUGUAAAAUCAAAGACGAUAAAAUGUAUGAGUAUACGAGGAGAGUUUGUAGACGACUAUCAUUGCAGCUUGGAAAAUAAACCAAAACAAACGUUCUCCAAAUGUAACACACAGGCUUGUCCACCAACAUGGAAGGUUUCAGACUGGGGACAAUGUUCUGUCGAGUGCGGCACAGGAAUAAAGUCGAGGAUACUACAUUGUGUUAGUAUGGUCAAUGGUGUCGAUCAGGCUAUACCUUCAAGUAAAUGCGACGACAAAUUGAAGCCACACAAUACUUCAAGUUGUGAAAAUUUGUGCACAUGGAAACCAGGCAUAUGGUCAAAGUGCACGAGAACGUGUGGCGAAGGAUACAGGACGCGGGAACUUGUUUGUGUUCAGUCUACCGGUGCCGAUGUAGAAAUCAAUGCCACAUUAUGUGACCAGGACAGUAAACCAGUCGAUACGAUCAGGUGUCGCAAUGACCCUUGUUUCGUGCUUCCUGGGACCUGCGUUGAUAAAAGACCGGACUGUAAGAAGUACUACGACUACGAAAGCACAGCAUGUGAUGGGAAAUAUAGAAACUGGAUGUUUACAAAUUGUUUAAAGACAUGUGGUGUUUGCCGAAAUGGCUCGUGUGUAGACGAAAAUAGCUGUCAAAGAGUAGACCAAUCAGUUGAUGCAUGUAAUAACCCCUCGUAUAAAGUAUGGAUGCAUGCUCAUUGUCCACAGUCAUGCAACCUUUGUCGUGAUUGCGCUGAUUGUUCGAAAUAUGAUCCAAAAUACUGCACUGAUAGUCAAUACAGGGGGUUCAUGGCGAAAAACUGCCGCAAAUAUUGUAAAUUGUGUUGACAUUUGGAACAAAACUGUCUUUGUAUGGCUGUUGAAUAAUGAACGGGAAAUUGAUAUAGAUAUAUUGGUGAUAGGGUUGAUCAUUAUAUAGACUGUCAUUGAAUUGUCAUUUGUACAUUUAUGAUUAUUGAUUUGAAUAAAAAAUAUUGGAUUUAAAUUUACUAUUUUCAUUAUGUUCUUGUAAAUAUCAUGGAGGAGUUUCACAAAUUUAUGUGGUCAAAUUAGUUUGAUAAAGUUUAAUAAAAAUUUAAAUUCUUAACUGAUAAGGCAAAUAAUAAUCUGUUCUAUUAAAAAAGUAAAUUGGCUCGCCCUUUAAAGCAGCACAUCUCCUUUUACAAUUCAAUUUAAAGGCACAUUAUGCCUCAAAAACGAAUACAAAUUUAUUUCUUUAAAAUGGCAAAUAUUAAUUUUGUAACAUUUAAAUAAUGGUUUAAGGGCAAGUUAGAUACUUGUUACAUGAAGAAAGUAUCACUUAAUGAGUGAAUUUGUCACAAAAUUAGCAAAAUGUAAACAAAUUUGACUUCCACACAAAAUACUACAUCACUGUAAUUAUAUUAUACCAAUUGCCAAACAGCAAACGAAGAAAAUGAUAGUUCAGGUUAUUGAUCAAUGAGUAACUUUUUGGAAACUGUAAAAGUACACCUAAAAUAAGAAGCUUUUUAGAAAGAAAAAUAAAAGCGUUUCUUGGGCAUGAUAGACCUUUAAUUAAGAUAGUAUAAUAUUAUCAUGGCACUUACAAUCCAGAUAAACAACAUAUUAAAUGUACUAGAAAAUUACGCAAACUUAUGAUAUAGCCUCUAGAAUUUAGAACCUCUCUGGUAGACCGCCACUAAAUACAAAAAUUUGCCAAUACUCCGUUAAUUGUACAAAUAUAGUGUUAACUAAAUCGGGUACAUACCAUGUAACGUGGAUAAUAUAAAUUUUCGAAUACCUUUAUUUUCAUAUACACCAUAUACACUGUAUACAUAUAUAUUUAUUUUGAUCGGCAUGCACUUUUAAACCCUCAUUAUUUUACAUGAUAAUGUGCAAUUUAUAUGUGGGCUUGGUGUGGAACGUAUUAGUGACACGUAUUCAAAGAAAUUUUUCCGCACCUCCACUUGUGAAUUCAACUGUACUUGUUCCAAAUAAACUGCUGAGCUUUAUUUUAUGUUAUCUUUUGAAAUAGUCGGUGGUUACCACAAGACCCUAGGCAAGUGUGGCAGAUAGUGUGGUGGGGGGAAUGAGCCGAUUUUUCGGACAAUGUUGUGGUUUCGUUUUAACACAAACUAGCCGUGGUAUCAGUCACACUAUCAGGGAGCGGACAUUUGCUGGAUUUUCACAUCUAACUGCUGCCAUAGUGUUACAUUUACCAUAGGAUUUGAAAACCAAAAUGUCAAAGUCCUCGCUGUUUUCUGGUGCUGGGAAAGAGUGGUGAUGGCGGAGUAACUGCUGCGAUAUCAUAAAUAAUCUUUAUGUAUCUAUUAUGUAUCUAUAUAACCUGUAAGCACGCGCUGAAGGACUUAUGUGUUUAAUUGUUGCUUGAUAAAAUUUAGAAAAUAAAAGACAAAAAAAGUU